CAACUUGAUCAAUAUUGGAAAAUAGAACACACUAACACAUUUUUAGACCUCAAGGCAGCUAUUACAGCAAGACUGAUGCUGCAAGCACCAAGGUACAACAAUUCAAUAUUCAUUGUAACAUCAGAUGGGUGUAUGUUACAGACUAGGUGUAUAGAAGGAUUUGCAGCAGUUUUGUCACAAAGGGUGAAGGUACAGACACCUACUGGAAAAUGGGUCAAAUGUAUACAC